AUGCAACACUCGGUUCUUACAGAGUCCUGUGGCGAAAACCGCGGCCCACUCAUGGACGACAACACUCGCUAUAAGAUCCUAUAUUAUCACGAAGGAACUCGAAAUGUACUUGCUCUGGGAGAAUCGCCAGGCUUCCAAACUGGCUUCCUUCCACCCGCGAAAAAUUUGUUCAAACUGAGAUGGAACUGCAAUCUUGAAGCAAAGGCAAGGGAACUGUCAAACAACUGUGCUCCUUCCGCCGAACAGUUGAAAGAAGAUCUUGGAAAGAACGUAUUUAGCGGCUUUGUACCAGAAGUAGAUAGCCCCAUACCAAUCAAGAAGAGAGAGCGAAAGUAUGACUUCAUAAGUAAAUCAAUCGAUGAGUGGCUCCUGCCUACGGAGAAUUAUGCCAUAGAGGGUGAUGUUCAUUACAAUGAGAGUUUGUACAGUAAAAGCAAUCUGUACACUUUCGCCAAUAUGGCCUAUGAUAAGAUUUACGAAGUCGGCUGCAAUUAUGAAGAGUGCCCCAGCGGUGGUACGAUCGCAGCUUCGCUUGUUUGCAUUUACAACACAAAGGUUCCUGACUACGCACCUCUGUACGAAGUGGGAGACAAGAACCCAGAUUUUGCGGGCUGUAACAAGGAUGAUAACGUCUGUCAACAUCUAAAACUACCAAAUGCCACCUGCGAUGAUCUCCUCUGCGUAUUACCCAACGUGGUUUCGACCUUCCUUUGA